UCAAAUUUAACAAAUUUAAAGAUUGAAUGUCCAAAUCAAAAUACAACCAAACACUAACAAGCAAAACUAUGCUGCUAAAAAAACAUAAACAAUAUUAUAAUGAUGUCAUCGUAUAUUUAAGGUAUAUCAUUAUUCCACAAUGCAAAAUUUAUUAUUUUAAUUCUUUGAUGUAAUGAUUAAAAUAUCAUAAAUACUUCAUAAGUCGAAUUCUUAGUAUAUAGCUCAAAUAUGAAUGAGGUUAUACAAAUAACAAUUUUACAUUUCUUUUUAAUAAAGUUCACAUUUUUUUAUGAAUUCUUCCACAACAAAUUGAGAAAAAACAUAGUAGGCGUAGGUGGAGGUGAGGCGCAGCAAAUAAAAGCAAAGUUUUAAAAUAGAGUAGUCAAGACUCGAGGCAAAUUGACAUUGCGUCAGAAUCUGAUCUUCAUUUGAGAAAUCCUGCAACGAUUUACACAAGGAUUGGUAAUUGCAUUAGGGCUUUUUCUGCCAUGGACAAGAUUAGGAGACCUUCUCACGCUGGCUCUUGGUACACCGACAAUCCGAAAGAAUUAGCUGAGGAGCUCGAUGGUUGGCUCCGAGCUGCCGGGUUGCCCAAAUCUUCCGAUGUAAGAGGUGUAAUUGCACCUCAUGCAGGUUACUCCUAUUCGGGACGUGCAGCAGCCUAUGCUUUUGGAAACAUAGAUCCUUCAAACAUCACUAGGAUAUUUCUUCUUGGGCCAUCUCAUCACUAUUACACUCCAAAAUGUGCACUUUCGAAAGCUACAGUCUACAAGACGCCUAUAGGCGACCUACCGAUUGAUCAGGAAGUAAACGAGGAGCUAAAAGCUACGGGAAAGUUUGAAAUGAUGGAUCUUCGUGUAGAUGAGGCUGAACAUAGCAUGGAAAUGCACCUGCCUUAUCUAGUUAAAGUAUUCCAGGGCUAUGCGGUGAAGAUUGUUCCCAUUUUGGUUGGUGCUCUUAGCGCUGAAAAUGAAGCUGUCUACGGCCGGUUGUUAGCUAAAUAUGUGGACGACCCUACAAAUUUCUUCUCAGUGUCUUCAGAUUUUUGUCACUGGGGCUCCCGGUUCAACUAUACGCACUAUGAUAAGAAGCACGGAGCCAUCUACAAGUCUAUUGAAGCAUUAGACAAAAUGGGAAUGGAUAUAAUAGAAACAGGCGACCCGGAUUCCUUUAAGCACUACCUCUUGGAGACGGACAAUACUAUAUGCGGACGACACCCAAUUAGUGUUUUCCUUCACAUGUUGAAGAAUAGCUCGACAAAGGUGAAGAUUCGAUUCCUUCGAUACGAACAGUCGAGCCAGUGCAAAUCCACAAGGGACAGCAGUGUAAGUUAUGCAUCUGCAGCUGCCAAAAUCGAUGCUUGAAUUUGUGGAAUGAGAAGAAGAUCAUCGCCACUUUUAAUUUCUUGCAAUAACUUGAUGAAUAUUGGCAUUGAUGAAUAGUGCAAAACUUGGCAAUUGUGUUAGCCAUUCUAUCUCUAAGUCAAAACUAAGCUUACUUUUACUAGAUUCUACUAUUAUUUAGCAAUUUCGAGACAUGCACAAA